UUCUACAACCACUUUCCCAAGUGCCACCUUCUCUCUCCAUUCAUGUUCUCAAAUAUUUUUGACCUUACCUUAGCAUGAGAUUCUCACUCAAUGUCAUGACCCCACACAUCAUAUCAGUCACAUCUCUCUUUAUCUCGCUCUUUCUCUUGCUCUUGCUCUUGGUUUUGGUUUUGAAUCCUCCUCUCAUCACUCAUGAAACCUACUUCUAAAAACCUCCAACCAAAAUCCUACCAAGCAAGUGAUCACACACACAAUCACAAUGUGCUGUUCCUUCUCAGUCUCUCUUCCACUGCUUCUUCUGUUACUCACCUCAUCACUCUCUUCCCUCCCUUCUGUCUCCACCAAAACCAAUGAACAUCAAAACAAACACCAACCCAACAACAAGAAUCUCCCACAACCAAACACCACCAUUAUUCAUAGCAAUCCAUCUUCUGAACUUGAAACCCUGUUCAAGAUCAUGGACACCAUGUCCUCUGAUCAAACCUGGAAAGUCUCUCACCCAAACCCUUGUAAUCCAGGCCAAUCCUGGCCUGGGUUAGAGUGCAAACCUGGAAUGGACAACCACUUCCAUGUCACUAGGCUUGACUUUGGCCAACCACCUAACCCAACUUGCAAGUCCACAGCCACAUUCCCUUCCCUAAUCUUUGACCUUCCUUUCCUUGAAUCUGUGUUUUUCUUCCACUGCUUCACUCACACAAAAACCACCCUUUCUUUUUCACAAACCACUUCUUCUUCAUUGCAACAGCUCAGUCUAAGAUCAAAUCCAGCACUCAUUGGGUCAAUCCCACGUCAAAUCUCUUCUCUUAAAUCACUUCAAAUCCUCACAUUGUCCCAAAACGGCCUCGCCGGUCGAUUCCUGCUGAGGUUUUUCAGUUUGAGUUCCUUGGUUCACCUUGAUCUGAGCUACAAUUUGCUCACAGGGACUAUACCAUUCCAAGUGGGCAAUCUCAGAAACCUCGCAGGCCUUGAUUUGAGCUAUAAUGAACUUACAGGAACAAUCCCAAGCACAAUUGGCCAACUGGGUAUGCUUCAAAAGCUUGAUUUAAGCUCAAACUCAGUAGUUGGUACCAUUCCAGACACCAUUGGGACGCUUAAAAGUCUGGUUUUCAUGGCUUUGAGCAACAACAGAUUGAAGGGCAAAUUCCCGAAAGGACUGGCAGAGUUGCAGAGCUUGCAGUACUUCAUAAUGGAUGACAAUCCAAUGUUUGUGACACUGCCAAGGGAGUUUGGCUUUCUACAGAAACUGCAAGAGCUCAGGCUUGCCAAUUCUGGGUAUUCAGGAACAAUCCCAGAGACAUUUUCUCAACUCAGGAAUUUAAGCACUUUGUCAUUGCAAAACAACCGACUAACCGGUGAAAUACCGGUUAGUUUUGGAAACCUUUUGCAUAUAUAUCACUUGAAUUUGAGUAGAAACUUGUUGGGUGGUGUUGUUCCUUUCAAUUCAAGUUUCUUGAAGAGACUUGGUGCAAACUUGGACCUGAGUAGCAAUCCAGGGCUGUGUUUGAAUCCAUCUGAAGCAUACAGUGUCAAGAUUGGAGUUGGUGUUUGUGGAAAGAACAACACUAGUAGUUCUCUGAUCCAUCCAUUGAAGAAAUCUGAAGCACCAUGUGGGUUUGGGUUUGGCUUCUCUAGAUCAUCAUUCCUUCUUUUUGGUGCUUUUGCUUUUAGUCUCUCAGUUAUGAAUUAAUAAUCUUUGUUUCUCUGCA